GGUUAGUACUUAUCGCUGCUUCGAUCAAGAUCACCGCGACAGAGACAAAAUGCGACAGCUUUUGCUGAUCUGUGCGCUCGCCUGUGCCGUCGGCGGUGUGCUAAGUGCUUCGUUGACGCGCGUCGGCCGCGAAGAGGAGGCGGCCGGCGAACAGGUCGCACCGUUGGUGGUGGCCGGCGAGGAGGUAGCGGUGGUGGAGCCAGCAGAGCUAAAGCGCGCCGAGAUCCCGGUGGCGGUCGAGGAGGCUGUCCCGGUUGCGUUUGAGAAAACGGUCGAACCGGUGGAAAGUCAGAGCAUUGCGGAACCGGUGGCGGAGGUUGCGGAACCGGUGGCACUGGUAGCCGAAGCUGUUGCCGAUGCCGUCGUACCGGAGAGCGAAGUUGGGCAGGCGGUCGAGGAAGCGGUCGUCGCCGAAAAGCAACUGAAUCCGGCCGAGGAGACCGUUGCCGCCUUCGUUGAGCAGGAACCGGCCGCCGUCGAGUCGCUGCGCAGUGUGGAACCCGUGGCGGAAGUGGCCGAGCCGGUCGUUGCCGUGGUAGAGAACGUUGUUGCCCCGGUGGAAGAGUCCGUGCAGGUGGUAGAACCUGUCGAGUCGCUGCGCAGUGUGGCGCCGGUGGCGGAGAUUGUUGAACCAGUGGCCGUCGUUGUUGCCGAGGAGGCGGAGAAGAAGACGGAACAGCAGCCGGAAACCGUUGUACCAGCCGUUAAAACCGUUGCCGAAGUGAUCCUGGACAAGGCCGAGGAGAAGGUCGCAGAAGAGGUUGCGGCGGUGAAGGAAACUGAGGUUGCACCGGUAGAAUCGUUGAAGUCGGUUGAGCCCGUUGUUGAGGUGUCCGAGCCGGUUGCCGUCAUCGUUGAGGAAGCGGUCGCUGAGAAGACGGAGGAACAGGUUGUGCCGCAGGUCAAAUCCGUACUGCCGGUCGUUGCCGUGGCCGAACCAAGCGAAGUCGUCCCGGAGGUUGUGGCCGUUGCCGAAGAGAAGCCAGCCGUCGUUGUGCAGGAAGUUGCCGCCGUAGAGUCGCUGCGUUCGGUUGCCGUGCCUGAAGUGGCCGCUGUCGAGCCGGUCGAGAAGGUGGCUGAAGUUGUAGCGGCCGAGCCAGUGGAGGAGAAGGUUGUCGCUCCGGUUGAAUCGCUCCGUUCCGUUGCUCCGGUUGUUCCUGUGGAAGAGCCCGUCGUCCCCGCCGUCGCCGUAGCCACCGAGGAGAAGGUCGUGGAAGCUGUCGAGGAAAAGAUUGUUGCUCCGGUCGAAUCGCUGCGUCAAGCUGCCCCCGUGGAAGCCAUCAACGAACCAGCCGUCGUGGUGGUGGAGGCGGAGAAGAAGGAUGAAGUUGCGGUCGUCGAAAAGGAAUCCGUUGUCGCCCCGGCUGUAAAGAGCGUCGUCGUACCGGAAGUGGUUGAGAACGUGGAAAAGCAGGAAGCUCCGGUUGCGGUCGAUGAGCCAGUGGGCGUCGUUAAGUCGGUUCCGAUCGCGGAGGAUCUCGUCCCGGUGAAGGAGGUAGAAGCUGAACCACACCAGGCACUGCGCGGUAACGAGGUACGUCAGGAGGCGGGCAGCACCACCACUCGGCCCAAUCUGCUCCAGCAGAUCAUUCAGCCGGUGAACAACUUCAUCCAGGCGACUCCGCUCGGACAGGUGUUGAACCGCCCAUCGAACACGCCGGCUGUUGCCGGUGCUGUUCCUGCCGCCGAAAAUGCCGAAGUCGCACAGGAUGAAGCGGCCGGCACUACCAGCGCUCCCAACAUAGUCCAGCAGCUCGCCCAGAACGUGCAGAACUUCUUCAACCCGAAUGCGGUGAACGCGAACGCGGAAGCCGAAUCGACUACCCGCCCGAACAUCAUCCAGCAGGUCCAGAAUGCUGUCGGAUCCGUAUUCAACCGGCCGGCUACCAACUCGGAACAGCAGCAGCAGCAGCAACAGCCCAACCCCAUCCAGAACAUCGUGCAGGGUGUGCAGAACUUCUUCCGACCAAGCACGGCAGCACCGGCCAGCCAGUCCGAGGGUACGGCCAAUGCUCCCGCCGACACGCCCCAGGAAACACCGGCGGCCUAAGGUUGCCGACGGGUCACACCGCCAUAUCAGUAGGAGUAGACGCUCGAGGGUGAAUUCCUUUCUUUUUCUAAGGAAUGUCACCAGCGGGACUCGUCCUUUGGAGUCUUUCCUUUCCAUUUUACAAAACAACAUCAACGAGACAUCAAACGACAUACAAAAAACACGAGCACACAAACACAAAAAGAAACGCGAAGAAACACAUGCUCCUGCGUUCGGCUUGCCGGACAAGCGCGGACACCGUUGGACGAUGCCCUUUUUUGCCUAAACUUAUUUAUUUGAACGCAUGCAAAACCAACCGGAUUGUUACCGGGCACAAUUGGUGCGGCAAAGCAGGGCUGCACGGGAAGACGCGAACCAGGCACACGAACCAGGCGACAGUUUUCUUUCUUUUUAUUUGUAUUUUUCUUAAUUUAUUGCAUUGUGAUUCUCAGCGGUAGGAAGAUAAAAAAGCAACGAUAAAAAAACGAUCAACGAUCAGGAAUGCGUGCGCGGAGCGAAUGGGACACACGAUCAGAGUCGUUGUGCGGGAUGGCGAAGGAAUGGAGGUUAGACGAAGAAUGUGGACGAUUGUUCAGGGCAUGCUAUAUUGCAUAACAGGAGCAGGAGGCCGAUGGCAGUACGCAACAAUGUACGGAAAGCCACGGUUUUUAUAUGAAUGGAAAAAUGUACGAAAAAAAAUCAAUAAAAUGUAUAAAAAUUUGUAAAAAAAACCACACUCACUCACAGCUUGACAAG